AUGACAAAUUGCAGUGGUGGAAUAUUAGAGAUCUUCGAGUUUUUGCUCAUCAAUGACCAAGACAUCCUUUAUCUUGCAACAGUCGAGUGGUUCACAGAGUCAGCAUGCAACCAGCCACAACUUGUAGUCCUCAAUUCAUUCAAUAAACGCACUCAAAAGUGGACAAGAAAAUUGGAAAAUUAUGAAAAAUUCCAAAACUUUCAUGGCUGUUCACUGACUUUGGGGAUUGAAAAAGAUCUACAAGAAGGAGCAUGCUGGGGAACUUUAAUAUCAUCAAAUAAAGUCAACAGAAAUGUCCAACUCAAAGGUGUUGCACCAACUAUUUUUGAAAUUUUAUCCACUAAGAUGAACUUCAGUCCAUCAUUUACUGUUAUUGGAAUCAAUAAUUCUAUGUGCAACGUUUACAUUCCUGUCCUAAGAUACAGUCCCAAGGAUAUUGGUGCUGUACAUGUAACAACAACAUUUGCACAAGCUCAUGACAUCAUUGCAGCUUCACCCGGCGCACCUUAUACAUCCUAUGAGAAGCUUUGGCUACCUUUUGAUGACACAACAUGGAAAUUACUUCUAUCAACAUUUCUGAUAAGCUUCUUGAUUAUUUUCAUAAUCAAUCGGAUGCCAAAAGAUAUUCAAAAUGUAUUUUAUGGUGAAAAGAUUCAAACUCCGUCACUGAAUGUCAUUAGCACAUUUUUUGGUAUCUCAUUAAACAUCCUUCCAUACAGGCACACACCUCGCAUCAUUUUAAUUUGUUUUGUGUUCUUUUGCUUAGUUUUUCGGACUUGCUAUCAAAGUAAGCUUUAUGAGUUCAUGACAAGUGAUCCAAGACAUCCAUCACCUAAGUCAUUAAAGGAUUUAAAGGAUAAUAACUUUACCCUUUACACGUAUUUUAAUAAAACUUACCUUGAAGAAUUAAUAAUGGAAGAAAUGAGUCAAUGGCCAACAGUAAAGCAAAUUAGUGUACAUGAGUUUAGUCGCUUACUUGACACACAACACCAAAAUGCAUCUGCAAAAAUUGCACUUCAUGUUGACAUAGGAACAAUUCAGUUUAAAGACAACAAACCUCAAAAAUACAUUUUAUGGCAUAAAAUUCCAGAUUAUUCAUUACAAGUUGUUCAUGCUGGAUUCGUUCUUAAGCCAAACAACUUCUUUUUUGAGGUUUUAGACAAAACUGUUCAGAAAUUAAUAUCAGCUGGAUUAAUUGAUAAGAUUAUCAAAAAUUGCGAUGGACGUGAUUUUGAAGCAGAUGAAGAGGAGGCGCAGAUAUUUUCAUUAGACAACUUGAGCUUUGGAUUUGUAAUUUGUUUGGGAUGCAUUGGGAUAUGCUUCAUAGUUUUUAUACUUGAAAUUAUUUUCUCAAAGAUUAAAUACAGACAUGCUUCAAAUUUGGAUACAGUCCCUAAAGUCGUUGAAUUAAACGAAGAUGUUGAAGGAGAUAUUAAAGAUUUGGUCAAAAUAUUGAUUCAAACUGUUGAACUUUCGAGGACGAAAAGCUCUGAUUACGAUAACUAG